GCCGCGGCCGUGCCCGGGGCCCUGAGCGCGCCAGCCGCAGCCCGCGCCCCGCAGCCCCGCAGCCCGGCAGCCCCGCGCCCGCCGCCGGCGCUUCAAUGGGCAACCUGCUCGGCGGGGUCAGCUUCCGCGAGCCCACCACGGUGGAGGACUGCGACUCCACCUGGCAGACGGACUCGGAGCCCGAGCCCGAGGAGCCGGGGCCGGCCGGCGGCGGCGGCGGCGGUGGCGGCGACGGCGACGGGGACGCCGAGGCCCCGGGGCGGGAGCCCGAGCAGCCCGCGCAGCCCGAGGAGCGCGGCGGAGGGCGGCCCCGGGACGCCGAGGCGGCGGGCGCCGAGCAGGGUGGUGAUUCCACUGAAGCAACCACCAAACCAAAGAGAAGUUUUUAUGCUGCAAGAGAUCUGUACAAAUAUCGUCACCAGUACCCACAGAACUUCAAAGAUAUCCGAUAUCAAAAUGACUUGAGCAAUCUUCGUUUUUAUAAGAAUAAGAUUCCAUUUAAGCCAGAUGGUGUUUACAUUGAAGAAGUUUUGAAUAAGUGGAAAGGAGAUUAUGAAAAGCUGGAGCACAACCACACUUAUAUACAAUGGCUUUUCCCCUUGAGAGAACAAGGUUUGAACUUUUAUGCUAAAGAACUAACCACAUAUGAGAUUGAGGAAUUCAAGAAAACAAAAGAAGCAAUUAGAAGAUUCCUUCUGGCUUAUAAAAUGAUGCUAGAAUUUUUUGGAAUAAAACUUAUCGACAAAACUGGCAACGUUGCUCGGGCUGUCAAUUGGCAGGAAAGGUUUCAGCAUCUGAACGAAUCCCAGCACAACUAUUUAAGGAUCACCCGUAUUCUUAAAAGCCUUGGUGAGCUUGGAUAUGAAAGUUUUAAAUCUCCUCUUGUAAAAUUUAUUCUCCAUGAAGCUCUUGUGGAAAACACUAUUCCCAAUAUUAAACAGAGUGCUCUGGAGUAUUUUGUUUAUACGAUUAGAGACAGAAGAGAAAGGAGAAAGCUCCUACGUUUUGCCCAGAAACAUUACACACCUUCAGAGAAUUUUAUCUGGGGACCACCACGGAAGGAACAGUCUGAGGGCAGCAAAGCUCAGAAAAUGCCUGCCCCUCCCACUUCUGGUCACAGCACCCAAACCUCUGUGCACAAAAAAUCCAAGGACUCCAAAAAUUCCUGCUCUGCUGAUCAUGCCAGUAGCAAAACAGCUGAAGAAAAACCAGUGACACCUCGAGAGUCUGGAGAAGAGGCAGACCCGCCCAGCACAGAGCCCAACAGUGACGCUGCCAGGCCUAGAAAUACAGAGGACACAGAGAAGGACCGUGAUGCUGAGAAUGUAAAUCCUCAGCCUGAGAAAACACCACCGAGUAAUCCCACAGAGAAAAAGGAGAGUCCAUCUCCCGAGAACAAUGAAAAAGGUGAUGAGCAUAAUACAGAUUGUGAAAAUCCUGGAAAUGUGGGUUCCCAUGAUGAUGUACUAUUACAGUGACUUAUCCAAAAGCUCACAUACCAAUCUAGGUAAGGGAAGAACAACCGAUUGUAUUAUUUACUCUAAGAAACAGGUCACAUUUCUGGUAUUAGCCGUUGUUUUUGAUAUCAGCUAUGUUUGUUGUUUGUUUUUUCGUUUUUUGGUGGUUUUUUUUUUGGGGGGGAUUACAAUGAAUUCAGUACGUUUUAAGACAAAUUCCAAUAAACAAUUAUGUUCUGCAACACCUUUAGGAUGUGGGUUUUCAAAUUCUGUCCACAACAGUUACUUUGAACACAUGAAAUAGUCAUAUAGCAUUUAUUAUAUUAAAAAAUAUUUGAGAGAUUUCGGCUCAUACGAAGGAAAUCUAGAUGAUGAUUUUAUUGUGCUGCCAUACACCGAUCUUUGCAAAAUUUUGAAUGCAAAAAAUCUGCAUUCAAAUUUUUUUGUUUGUUUCUUUUAGAGGCAUAUCCAGCGGUGCUCAGGGUUUACUCCGGGCUCUGCACUCAGGAAUCACUCCUGGUGAGCUGGGGGUACCCUAUGGGGUACCAGGGACCAAACCCGGAUUGGUUGUAUGCAUUUUGUUUUUUAGCUUGAAGAAUUUUGUCCUCUCACAUAAAUUCAGAAAGAAAUUGCCACUUUUUUUCAUACCUCAACAUCUUUUAGAUUUUGAUAAGUAAAAUGGAAGUUCUUGGGAAGUUACGAUCUCCCUAACUUGUUUUUUAGUCUUGCUUCAUUCCCUUUUCCCUUUCUCCAUGCUUGCUCUAAUUUAACCAUCUUCGUCAGCAAGUAUGUGCUUCACUACUGUACAAUUACAUUAUUGUAUUGAAAUAUAAAUGGAGCACGAAGGAUUUUCAGUACUGGGAAUUUAAGAAUGUACUUUGUUUAAAAUAGUAAAGAAGAUUUUUAUCAAUUAAGCUCUUUAAAAACAAAUUUUGAUGCAAAAGUUCAAGAAAUUUUCUUAUUAUGCCUGCUCCAUAUAAACUUAGUGCUUCGUACUUAUUUCUAUGUGUAAUAUAUUUUAGAAUUAAAAAAUAAGAAAGGGAAUUUUUUCGUUUUAAAGGGUAUGCCUUUUGAACUGGCAUUAAGGCAGUGAUCCCUAAAACUAUUUAUCACUAUAUCACUAUCAUCCCAUUGCUCAUCGAUUUGCUUGAGUGGGCACCAGUAACGUCUCCAUUGUGAGACUUGUUACUUUUUUCGCAUAUCGAAUACACCAGGGUAGCUUGCCAUGCUCUGCCAUGUGGGAAAACUGUUUAUAUCUCAGUGUUAUCUGUAUUAUAAAAAUUACUACUAUGGAUUAGUUCAUUAUGUAUCACUUUUGUAAAUAAAAAAUGUAAUGCAGCUCUUCAGUUGUCAAAUCUUGAAAUUGAGGACAGAGUUGAAAUUCUAAAUGCUCAGUUUUAGUAAGCCUUGUAUUAAUAUUGAGAUAAAAGUUAUUUCCUCUUCUAUUAUUAUUUUUAUAGACUGGAACAUGAUCAAAAAGUGGUUAAGUACUUCAAAGUAUACAUACAAAUAUAGCAAUCAGAUAAUAGUAAAUUUUUUAACUUUAUUUCAUUUAGCAAAGAAUUGGCUUUGUAUAUCUCUUAUGCUUUUAAGAAAGAUUCUAUUCCCUUUAAUCUCCAGAGAAUUUUUGUUGUAUCCUAUUUUUAAAUCACAUCAUCUCACCUGCUGUUAUUUCUAUUGAUACACAUUUUCAGCAGAGGAUUUCUAAAAAAUGAAUAGUACACCUUUAGAAAUAUGAUUUUAUUGCCUUGAAGUUCACAUGCUGAACCUCACAUUUAUAUGAAUGUUAGUGUAAUAUUAUUUUUCAAAUAUUGAACAUUUCCUCAUUUUUCGUUCCCAGAUUAUGCCUUUUUUUGCUUUCUACUGUUUUGUGAAGUGACUAUUAGGAGGUGGGGAAACAAUUCUACUUUUACAUUUCAAUUUCAUUGGACCCUCAAAUGUGCUUGUUACAGCACUAUUCCCACUGAACUCAUUAAUUUCUAGGAUUAGGAGAGAAAAGUAGGCUGUUGUAUGGUUGAAUUAUAAGAUUAGUUUAUUUCAAAACCUUGUAAAUUUUUUCAUGUAUGACAACAUGCUCAGAUUAAUUUCUAAUUGCAUAUUACAAAUUUAUAAUCAGAUGAAAUAUAAACAGUGGUCCGAUAUGCAAAUAAAUGGAUAUAAUCUUAAAUACUUAAAAUUGUAGUAUAUUAGAGUCCUUAGAAUAAAAGCACUUCAUUUGACAAUAGCACUUGUAGAAUAUUAUCCCUAAUUAGCUGUUUGACUAGAUUGUGCCAAUUAAUUUAAGAAUAUUUGAUCUCAAGUUGAAAACUGCCUGGCUUACACCAUAAAUAGUAGCCUUUUCCCACUAUUCUGUUUUUUAAACGCUUACUCACAUGUGAAGUAUGUUUUUUACAUCUAAUCUGUAAAUAACUCAUGAAAUAAUUAUUCUGUAGAGAACAAGUAAGAAAUACUGUUCCUUUUGAAAAUAGAAAUUGACUGUCUAGAUUUUUUUCUAUUAAGAAUACUUUGUAUAUUUAAUAGUUUUAAAAUUAUGAUCUAUAGAUAUGUACUUCCUUGUGUCAUAGAUAUGAGACAGUCCCCUGGGUUUUACUUUGAUAUUUUGUAUUUUAAAAAUUACAUAUGCUAGCAGAAAUUUACUGAGAAGCUGUUAAUAAAAUGCAGUAAAGCAUGGCCAAAUAACUAGACAUAGUGAAUCUUUGUAAAUGUAUAGAUUUUAUUGUUGUACCAACCAUAAACUGCAAGUAUAUGAGAGAUUGGCUAUUGAUAAAUAUGAACUUUCACUUCACAGAAAAUAGAUGUUAUUCUGCUUGGUUAGUCUACAUUUCUAAAUUUUGGUUUUCAUACAUAUAAGGAAUAAUAUAUGUGAAAAUAUUUUGAAAUACUGUAAACUUAAAAUAAAGACAUAAAAACAUUUCUGCAUAGUAGAUAAAAGUUUAUAACACUAACAUUGUGCCAUUAUGUUAUCAUACUCAACUUCAUAAGAAACUCAAAGAAUCAUGAUAAAAGUGAAAAUACCCAUCUCUGAUUUUAAAUCAAAUUCAAUUCAGUUUAAAAAUCUUGUAAAGUUUCAUUUUUUAGAUUUUGAGACCUUUUUUUCAGCUUUAAAGAGAAAAUAAACAAUGUUAACUCAGGAUUCCUAGAAAAAUUUUAAGAUUAAAAAAAGUAUUAAAUUUUAAAAGUGAAAAAUAAUGCCAUGUUAUCUGAAACAGUCAUGUGUUUCAUAUUUUGUCAUAAAAUUAUUUACGUCUAUAUUUGUACUUUAAUUUGAGAGAUAGUAGGAGCUGGUGAAAAAGGGAAUAAAGUAUUACACCUGAGUUACUUAAAAAAAAUUUUAGCAAAUAAAUUUCCAUAUUGAGUGUUCAAAAAUUAGAUGAAUUAGUGAUAGUUUAGCAGGUAGGGCAUUUGUCUUGCACGUGGCCUACCGGGGUUCGAUUCUCAGCAUCCUAUAUGGUCCCUGGAGCAUCACCUGGAGUAAUUCCUGAGUGCAGAGCCGGGAGGAACCCCUGUGCAUUGCUGGGUGUGACCCAAAAAGCAAAAAAAAAAUUAGUUGAAUUAUAUUAUAUUCCUUAGUCAUUUGUUUAAAGUUAAACCUUUUGCAGGCUAAAGAGAUAUUACAGGAUUACAGGGGUUAAGUCUCUUGCCUUAUACUUGUUCAAUCCCUAGCAUCGUAUACGGUCAUCCACGUACUACCUGGAAUGACCCCUGAGCACUGCUGGCUGCGACCCAAACCCCUUUGCCCUUUUCCCCAUCAAAAAUUUAAAAAAUCAAAAAGCUGAGUCUUUUGAGUGCAAAACAGUGUUCUGGUUGAGAUUAUGAUGAACUAACUACAUCAAGCAGUUUUUUUCUUUCUAAAAGCUUUAUUUUCUAACAUGAGAAAAAGAACAUUCUUGAUUAUGUUUGAUUGUAAUUAUAUUUAUGGGUCUUCUAUUUGUGGUGGAUGGAGAUCCUUUUUUAUAGUAAUGGUUUUUAAGUUUUGAAGAUUUUUGUGUUUCCUAUGUAGAAAAUUCCUCUUUUUUUCUCUUGUGUUAUGUGUCUGAAAGGUAGGCUGGACUUGGCUAUGCUAGAUGCAGUUAAUAGGGAAGAUGGGCUGCAUUAUGUUGGAUCUAGGAAUUUGGAUGUGGAUAUGUGGAUAUACCAACUCUCAGGUUUGGAUUCUGUACUGUUUAUUACAUGAACAGAUUGGUGUGGGUAAUUUCUAGGGUGACAGUGAGUACUACCCUGCCUCCUUCCCUGUUCCAGUUAUCCAGCCUACCCAGCAGAUUGUGUUUGGGGACAGACUGUGUAUUUAAAAUUCCCUUAUUACUGAAGCUAAUAUUAUAAAUAUGAGUGCCUGGAGGUGCCUUAAUCAAUGUAUAUGGUUUUUAUUCAGAAGUUUAAGUUUACACUCUCGUAAGAUCUUGUCUAAGGAACUUCCAAACCACAGUUAUAAUUAUUUUAAUGAAUUUACUUUUGUGCUUUUUCAUUUUUGAAGCAUUUCACUUGUGACAGUAGCAUUGGUUCAUAGAAAAGUGUACUUACUACAAGUUUCAAUGAUGUGUUAUAUUUAACAAAAAGUAUUUAAAAUUUUAAAAAGCUAUUCUUUGUUGUUAAUGAUUUUAAUUUUGCUACUUGUUAUGAUUUUCAUCUUAAACUUUCUAAAUUACAAGUAAUAUUAAUGUGCCAUUGAUUUUCGAUGGAACUAAAAUUUGAAGAAAAUAAAUACUUAAUUCUAUUAGAUGAUUAGAAUAAUCUGAAAUUUACUUGAGAGACUUUUGUGCAUAAUUUUAGUAUGGAACAUGAAAGAAAGUACUGUGCUUGCUUUUUUUCCCCCAGAUAAGAAAGUUCUUUGUUAUUUACUUCUCCCCUGUUUCAUUGACUUUACUGUUUGUUUGGGGAAAAUAAUUUUUUAUUAUGCGUUUUUUUUCUUGGAUUAAAGUUUUCAUAUGGAGGAUACAAUUAGCUGUUUUGUUUUAUGGCCUGAACUCUGAAAGUUAAGUUCAAAGAGGAAGCAGUAACCAAGAAUCAUGGUGCACAUCUUGAAGUGGCACAGCACUGACUCCUCAGAGUUACCUUGUGAAAAUGAGGCUGUUGGUCUCCAUUAACUUGGACUUCUGGUGUGGACAGGCCACCUUGAACUCAAUGCACAGUUUUAAAGGGAUCAAUUUGCAUAAAUAUCUGUUACUAUUUAUUGAGCACCUUUUAGUAGUUUAGGAAAUUCUGAGCAACUAGGCAGCAGGUAUGUGAAUUAUAACUGGACCUUUCUAACUUAUCUUGGGAAAUAUAUUAAAAUACCUAGUCUAUCUUCUUCCUCUCCAGUUCUUUUGGGUUGUUUUUUUUUUCAUAGAUGUAUGCUAAAAAAUCUUUGAACAAUGAUUUACAUAAUUUAAAAAUGAAAUGAGAGGGAAAAGACAUCAGUGAUUAUUUGCUAUGUUAAAGAUUGGCUUAAAAAAUUAGAAACCUUAUACAAUAUGUUAUGAAAUUAUUUUUUUAAUUACAAUGAAGAUCAUGGAACAAGUUCUAUUAACUAAAAAGAUUAGUUAUUUGAUAAUCUUUGAUUAAGAAAAAUUCAAGCUCUGUACACAGUAGUCAAAUAAGCAUUUAUUUUCAGUACUGAUGAAUUGAAUUUCAUCUGUGGAAAAGUAAAACACAGUAAAACAAAAGUUAAAGAAUUUUCUGGGCCAAAGCAAUAAUAGAGCUGGUAGGCUAUUUGCAUGCCAACCCAGGUUCGAUCCCUGGCAUCCCAUAUGGUCUCCAAGCACCACCAGGAGUUAAUUCCUGAGUGCAGUGCCAGGAAUAACCCCUGAGCAUCACAGGGUGUGAUCCAAAAAGCAAAAAAAAAAAAAAAAUUAGCAAAAAGCUCACUACAGAAAUAAAGAUAUAAACAGUUAUGGGUUUUUGGAAACAGAUGAUGAAGGAGCUACUAAAGCUUUCUAGGGGCAUGUUUAUGAAUCACCUCUUUGGUGCAUAUGCCAUGGAACUCAGGGAUUGUAUGGAAAGGCAAUCUAAAUUAGAAAUCUCACUCAAAUCAUGAAUUCCGCUUGCUCAACAGAGAAAACUUUUUCCAUAGACUGAUGGAAGUAAUCAAAUGAUCAGACACUACGUUUAAUUCAUUUUCUGGAGUGUACCAGGAAUUGGGUGGUUUUGUUAAUAAAAAUCCAAAUUGUGGUAUUGGCUACAAUGACUGAGAAGAUUCAGUGAUAAUGUGUUUCUAAGACAGGUGGCAGCUCCCAUCCCCUCAAAUGUUGACAGCAUAUGUGCCUUCACCAGGAAGAGAGACAAGAGGGUAAUGUUAGGUUCUCGAACAAGCAUUGUUUUUCCUUUUUAAAUAAGGGGGAUUUUCACUUGUUUCCUAAGUUAAAUAUGAGCUCUUCUGAGGAAGCGAGAUUGCAGACUGGAUUUAGUCAGUUUAAAUUUUAAAACAAUACUCUCCUUAUUUUUAUGUAUUUCAGGAAAAUAGGUACGAUUCUUAUAAAGAUGUUUCACUUCCCACUUAACCGCUGACUCACCAGCAGCUGCUGGGCCUUCUCCGUGCUCUGUAUUCUACUGUAGUAUGAAUUACAGAAUGCUGUGCAUGUCUGUUCGUACCAAUACCAUGUGUAUGUGGUAGGAGUUGUAACCAGUUUCUGGAUCUGUAUGGUUCUAUGAAAUACUUAUUUUAUAAUUCUGUAACUGUAUGGCAGUGUUUUGCCAAAAAAAAUGUGUAAAGAGCAAUAGUUUCUGUUGCCUACUGCUGUAUUUUAAAAUAUUGUUUUUAAACUGAUAUAUUUAGAGUUUCAUCAGAGAAAUUAUUUUUAAUAAUAAUCACCAACUAUACAUCCUGUAAAAUGAAUAAAAAUCCACUUUUGUCUUAGUUAACAUUUUAGCAUUGUGUUAGAGUACAUAUGUUGGCUUUGCAUGAUUAAAAUAUUUUUUAAGAGCUGGAACAAA